AUGCUGUUCAAGGGUUUUGGCCUUGGGCUCUUCAUAGUCCUGGCUGCUGUCCUGAUGCUGGGCAGUGUUGCUGCUGACUAUGAAAAAUUCCUGAGGCAGCACUACGAUAAUCCCAUGAGCAAUGUUGGAGAUCAUUACUGUAAUAAAAUGAUGCAAAGGCGCGGAAUGACCAGCCCCAAAUGUAAGGAGGUCAACACCUUCAUCCAUGACACAAAGAACAAAAUCAUUGCUGUGUGUGGGGAUGGUGGAGAAGCCAUUGACAACGGAUUGCGGCGUAGCAAGAACCAGUUCCGGGUCACCACCUGUAAGAUGAAAGGAUCAUCCACCAAACCUCCUUGUGAUUACAGGGAAAACACGUCACCCAGAUAUAUUGUCAUUGCUUGUGAGAACGGAUUUCCUGUGCACUACGAGGAAGGUCAGAUUUAACAGUAUUUGAAGAUGAUACGAAUUGAUCGGAUGGAGACUCCCUCAAGAUGGCUUCUCUUCUAUGGGAAAAAAAAUCUCAUUUUCUGCUGAUUCUGUGGCUCAUUUCCUGGACUCUUUUUCAUGAUCUGUGCUCAGUUGUGACCAUUGUAAUCUAUCUAGAUAUUCACCCUGCUUUUCUUUUUUCUCUUUAUUCUAUAGCCAGCACAAAACCAAAACUCUGAAUAUCCUAAAUUUUACAUAAACCAGCAAUAAUAUAUCUGCCAAAUGCUUUGAAAUGAAUGAUUAAAAAUAAACAAAAAAAUGCAUUACA